UAAAUUAACUACAUAAAAUUUUCAAAAUUGUAAAAUAUAGAAUCUUUUUGCAUAAAUCUUGAAUACGAGUUAAGAAUGCUCCGUUUUCCCGUUAUAAAUCUUUUUGACUCGCACACACAUACAUACCCCGUGAAACUGGACAUCGGCGCGUGGCCUUCACUCUCCCUCCCACUUUCUUCUUCUUCCUCCUCUUUCUAAUUUCUAUUAUAAUCACAAACGCUUCCUUUAGCUCACACUCUCUCUCUCUCUCUCUCUCUCUCUUCCGCUACAUCAAUGGCGGAACAUUGGCCACUCAAAUCUCUCUCCCUAUUCUUCCUCUUGACUCUCCUCGCCUCCACCGCCGAACCUCGCCUAACGACCGACUUCUACUCCAAAUCAUGCCCUCGCUUCCACGACAUAGUCCGCGACACAAUCUCCAGCAAACAAAUCACCAACCCGACCACCGCCGCCGCCGUCAUCCGCCUCUUCUUCCACGACUGUUUCCCCAACGGCUGCGACGCGUCGAUCCUCAUCUCCUCCACCGCCUUCAACGCCGCCGAGCGCGACUCCUCCAUCAACCUCUCCCUCCCCGGCGACGGCUUCGACGCCGUCGUCAGAGCCAAAACCGCCCUCGAGCUCGCCUGCCCCAACACCGUCUCCUGCUCCGACAUCAUCUCCGCCGCGACUCGCGACCUCCUCGUGACCGUCGGCGGUCCUUACUACCCGGUCUUCCUCGGCCGCCGCGACUCGAGAAUAUCCAAAGCCUCUCUCCUCGCCGACCUCCUCCCUCUCCCGUCGUCUCCGAUCUCGAAGACCAUUCGCCAGUUUGAGUCCAGAGGCUUCUCCGUUCAGGAGAUGGUCGCUCUCAGUGGAGCGCACUCGAUCGGAUUCUCGCAUUGCAAAGAGUUUGUGGGCCUGGUGGGUCGGAACAGUACCGGGUAUAACCCGAGAUUCGCUGUCGCGUUGAAGAAAGCUUGUUCUAAUUACCCGAGAGACCCGACGUUGUCUGUCUUCAACGAUAUUAGUACUCCGAACAAGUUCGAUAAUAUGUAUUACCAGAAUAUCCCCAAGGGUCUUGGGCUACUUGAAUCGGAUCACGGGUUGUACUCCGACCCGAGAACCCGGCCUUUUGUUGAUCUUUACGCUAGGGAUCAAGAUCGGUUCUUUAAAGACUUUGCUAAAGCGAUGCAAAAGUUGAGUCUUUACGGUGUAAAGACUGGUCGACGGGGAGAGAUCCGGCGAAGGUGCGAUGCCAUUAACUGAGUUUUUUUUUUUUUUUUUUGUUUUGGGGAUAAAAUGUGAGAUAUUUGAGAGUUUGAAUCGUCUGAGUAACAUUGGUGUUACAUUUCAAUUUUAGCUACAUGUGAAAUUUUUAUGCAUUUGAAACCUGGAUCAGUACGAAUAGCCUGAACUUCAAUACUUUUUUUUUUUUUUGAUAAAAGAACUUCAAUACUUUCAGAUUGUAGCAUAAAUGUAUUUUUCUUUUGUGUGCUUUCAACUUCUCGUCUGCAUAUUCUAGCGGGACAGCUAUAUCAUUACUGGAUACCCGAAUCUUACGAAAAGACAAACAAAAUAACUAGAAAAAGUUAAAAUCACUCAUAACGAGAACAACUAUAUCCUCUGAAACGCUCUUACACUAGCCACCAAUGCUAAAACAUGAUCUGUCUUCUUGUUUAUUCUUCCCACAGUAGUCUCAAUGUCUUCCCAGUCAAUUUUGAAGCAUAACUAUAGCAAGUAAGCUUAAAAAAAAAAAAAAAAAAAAAACUAUAGCAAGUAGUUUACCUUACAACCCAUAAGUCUUGCAUUGCGAAAGAAUCUUACAAAGAUCGUUUUAUUUUCUCUCAAUAUACCAGUCCAUACCAUAGGAGAGUCCAACUACUGUUUGCACUUCUAUAGUAACUAUUAAGCUAAAUUCUUAUUGCUAUCAUGGGUAAGCUUAGAUGCUUAGGAUACGUUUAUUUGCUAAUAUGAUGAGUGAGGGUGGUCACUUAAUUUAGGUAAAUGAGAUAAUUAAGGAGAAUGUAACAUUAGUUUUUCUCUAUUUAAGAAUUCAAAAGAAAAUAGCCCCAAAAUGGAAACUUUCCCACUCUAAUUUUUAUUGAAAAAGAAUUAUCAAGCAGAGGAAGAAACCAACCUGGAGUGUGGCUUAGCCUUCAAGUCAGCUCUAUAUAUUGCAUUCCUACGCUUCAAAGAAUAAAAGAAAAACAAAAAGCAAAUCAAAGGAGAAGUAAAAAAAACUAUGGUAGGUUAGGUGUUUUGUUUGGAGCAUAGAUCGUAGAAGUCUCACGACUGUCCUAAAUCAUAUCACGGGAGCAUAACGGUUUCUAUAUGCGAAGCAUGUUCUGUAGCCAUUAAAACUACUGGUUCUGACAAACAAGGAAUCAAAUCUUUGCUUGUAGAACACGAAAGAACUGGAGAUUGUGAUCCAAGAAAAAAAGAAGAAGCCAGUUUGUCCUGUAAAGCGUUGCAGCGAGACUCUGACUUUGGCUAACAACCUUACUUGCAAAGAUUCUGGAGUCAAGUUUUGUCUGAAACAUCGGUUUCCUACAGAUGAUGUCUGUAACAAGAAGACCUUUUCUAACUCAGAAACAAGCUCGAGAUGGAAUGACAUGUUUAUGGAAGUUUUGAGUAUGAGAAAAGAGCAAAGGCUGUGGAAGAGGAACAACUUCUGUUUCAUCAAAUUCUCCUCCAUCGACUAGAUCCUUUUAGUUUCUUUAAUUGUAACAGUUUGCAUUAACAACAAUCUUCUUUUAAGUCUCUCAUGUAUGAUUCUCCAUUGUUUUCAAGAGCAUUUUAAUAUGUGGUAUUUUUUUUAAAACAAGGAAGAAGAUAAUUGGUUUUAUCGAUAAACCAAUGUAUGUUACAAUAUACAGAGUAAUUCUAUCUCCCAAUGUGAGCUUGCUA